GCUCCCCGGAGCCGCCGCCGCCCCUCCCGGUCGGCCUCGGGCGCCCUCCAGCAGCCCGGCUCGCGCUCGCGGCAGGUCCUCCCGCCGUCCGCCCGCCCGCCACAGCCUUGAACAUGGCUGCGCGCCCCGCCGCCACCCUCGCCUGGUCGCUGCUGCUCCUCUCCUCGGCUCUGUUCCGCGGCGGCUGCCGGGCGCGCUUUGCCGCCGAGCCGGACUCGGAGGACGACGAAGAGGAGGCGGUGGUUUUCCCCGAGUCGCCCCUGCAGAGACCCACGGUGCUCGUGGUCGUCCUCGCCCGCAACGCUGCGCACACGCUGCCGCACUUCCUCGGCUGCCUGGAGCGGCUGGACUACCCCAAGAGCAGGAUGGCCAUCUGGGCAGCCACCGAUCACAAUGUGGAUAAUACAACAGAAAUACUCAGGGAGUGGUUGAAAAAUGUACAGAGAGCCUAUCACUAUGUGGAGUGGAGGCCUAUGGACGAACCUGAAUCUUAUCCUGAUGAAAUUGGACCAAAGCACUGGCCCAGCUCUCGUUUUGCCCACGUGAUGAAACUACGACAGGCAGCCCUUCGAACUGCGAGGGAAAAAUGGUCAGACUACAUUCUGUUCAUAGAUGUUGACAACUUCCUGACUAAUCCACAGACCCUCAAUCUAAUGAUUGCAGAAAACAAGACCAUUGUGGCCCCAAUGCUGGAGUCUCGAGGCCUGUACUCUAAUUUCUGGUGCGGAAUUACACCUCAGGGCUUCUAUAAACGGACUCCAGACUACCUUCAGAUUAGAGAAUGGAAGAGGAUAGGCUGCUUUCCUGUCCCCAUGGUCCACUCCACAUUCCUAAUUGACCUCAGGAAGGAAGCCUCUGACAAGCUGACGUUCUACCCCCCGCACCAGGACUACACCUGGACCUUUGAUGACAUCAUUGUCUUUGCCUUCUCCAGCAGGCAAGCAGGCAUCCAGAUGUACCUCUGCAACAGAGAACACUAUGGCUACCUGCCCAUCCCCUUGAAGCCCCAGCAGACCCUGGAGGAGGACAUCGAGAACCUCAUCCAUGUGCAGAUAGAAGCAAUGAUUGACGGUCCUCCAAUGGAACCUUCCCAGUUUGUCUCAGUUGUCCCUAAAUAUCCAGACAAGAUGGGAUUUGAUGAGAUUUUCAUGAUAAACCUCAAGCGCAGAAAGGACAGACGGGACCGGAUGUUACGCACCCUGUACGAGCAGGAGAUUGAGGUCAAGAUUGUCGAGGCUGUGGAUGGAAAGGCACUCAACACAAGCCAGCUGAAGGCCCUGAAUAUUGAAAUGCUGCCUGGGUAUCGAGAUCCCUACUCCUCCAGGCCUCUAACCAGAGGCGAAAUCGGCUGCUUUCUUAGUCACCACUCUGUCUGGAAAGAGGUAAUUGACCGAGAGCUGGAGAAGACUCUUGUUAUUGAGGAUGAUGUGCGUUUUGAACAUCAGUUUAAGAAGAAGUUGAUGAAGCUGAUGGAUGACAUUGACCGGGCUCAGCUGGAUUGGGAACUGAUUUAUAUUGGUAGGAAGAGGAUGCAAGUAAAAGAACCAGAGAAAGCAGUGCCCAAUGUGCUAAAUCUGGUUGAAGCUGACUAUUCCUACUGGACGCUGGGCUACGUCAUCUCUCUGGAGGGAGCACAGAAGCUGGUUGGAGCCAAUCCCUUUGGGAAGAUGCUGCCAGUGGACGAGUUUCUGCCCAUCAUGUACAACAAACAUCCUGUAGCUGAGUACAAGGAACAUUACGAAUCCAGGGACUUGAAAGCCUUCUCUGCAGAACCCUUGCUUAUCUACCCCACACACUACACAGGCCAGCCCGGGUAUCUGAGUGACACGGAGACCUCGACCAUCUGGGACAAUGAGACAGUGGCCACUGACUGGGACAGGACACAUUCCUGGAAGUCCCGGAAGCAAGGUCGCAUCCACCGCAAUGCCAAGAACACAGAAGCUCUGCCGCCGCCAACCUCCCUAGACGCCGUGCCUUCGAGGGAUGAGCUAUGAAGGCUUGACAGGGGGUCAUCACCCUUUGGUUUUUCUAAUGGGCUAUUCAUCUGUUUGUUCUGGUUUAUUUUUGUGGUCACAGUCAUCCAACCAAAGUGGUCUAAUGCGAUUGAUCAAAGUUAAUAUAUUCUUGAGAGGGGAGGAGAAUAGGGAAACUAAACCCACAUUUUCUGGGAUGGCUAGAAGAUAGGCUUUAUGGCAACCAUUAUGAUAAACUCCAAUCCAGACACCUAGUCCUUCAUCUCAUUACUCGGAUGAUACUAGUUCCCACAUGAAGGUUGAAUAAUAUGGUUCAGAGUCUCGUCUAAGAGAUAGGUGAUCAGCAUGCUGUCACAUCAAUAAAUGCGUCGGCAAGACAGCCAUGCCAGCUGACCACAUCUAUUGGUCUAGUGGGCCUAUUUUAUGUCAUAGAUGUGACCUUGAAAACUUAUGUAUCUACAAGUUUGGGAGAAAAUCAAAUCAUUUAAAAUCAAACUACUUGGGCUUUUUAUUUAAAGGCCUUCUGUCAUGAGCCUUGUUGCAAAGUGAGCUUUUCAUCUUUGUCCUCGUUAUCCAAGAGGGAUCGGUGUUUGGGUCUGUCUGAGACUUGGCCUUUGACUAUCGUGGCAAGAAGCUCUCAUAAAGAGGCGUCCAGUUUGCCACGUGGAUAUAGUUUGCUAGCUAUUUGAGGGUUUGUAUAGAUAUUUGAGGAAAAAAGAACUCAAACUUUGGCCUUUUUUUAUUGUGAUCACUUGAGUUAGGAUGCUCUAUUUAUGAAGAUAAAUUUAAUAUAUAAGGGGUUAGGGCUGGUGUGUAAUUGGUGUCCUGGGGGUUCGCUGCCUCUGCAGGACGUCAGACUCUCCCUCAACCCCAAGCCUGGGGAUGAAGUGCAGGUGUGAGUUUUAUGAGUCACUGUUAAGAGGCAGAGCACUUUUUCAGGCCAGCAACUAUACUUGCCUGGGUUUUUCAUUCUAUUUUGAAUUAUUUAUUUUACAAAAUGUGGGGGAAACGUCUGUAGGAUAAGGCAGAGACACAGAUGUUUCAAGCCUUCGUUGCACCCUGAGGAGUGGUCAGUGUAGACACAGGUUCAACAAUCCAGUUCUCCUGCAUUUCCCAGCCUGACUUUUGCAGGGAGGCCUGUUGAGUGGGAGAUUCUAACCAUCUGGAAACAAGUGACUCUCCAUUUCAGGUGAGAGACCUUGGUCAGAAAUAGUUGACUGAUCAACUGAUUUAGGCCAAUAACCAGGGAAGCUCUUGGAAUCAGGAUCCUGGGCCGACAACCUCUCUGCUUUCUUCCCAGAUUGAUUUUAUGUGAAAUGCAGAGUUGGACGACAUCAUCUCUUCCAACUCCACAAUCUGUGAUCCUUGGAUAUCUCAUGAUGGUUUGCUUCAGGUUUAUGUUCUCGUGCCCGCAAGCAGUAAUACUUUGCCUCCAGAAAUACCCCAUCCAGCAUCCUGUCCACACACACUCCUUCCUCGAUGUCCUCGAUGUCAGGCUCUGUAGACCCAACAACCUGAGCUUCACGCUUUGGAGCAGAGCCCAUGGGCGGGUUUGCUCACCGGUGAGGGCCCCAGGCUGUAGAACAAGGCAGCUUGCCUUCCACAGAACACCAGCCUCAGCCUCCCUUAUUGACUUAUUGUUAGUAUUCUUCUACCUUGACUUAUAAGCUAGGAGACUGAGGAAAGGGAUCUCAGCCAACUCCAAUUUUUAUUGCUUAGACAUAGCUGUCAGAGCUUGACUCUUUUUUUUUCUAGAAAACCAGAAAGAGCAUCCAGGAGCUAGUGAAAAACCCUUAGGUGAUCCCUAAGGUUUCCUUGGAUAUUUUGUGUCUCGUUCGCAUAUUUAAGUGUGUGCAAGUGUGUGUGACUUUCAUGAUUUUUUUUUUAAUAGGGUGGGAGGUGACUGGGGUACUGGGAGUAAAGGAAGACUGAGUUGAUUUUUGUGUGGUUUUCUUUAAAAGAGAACAUUUUGUUUCCUUUUUCCCUGUCAGCUGGCCUGGUGGGGUUAUGAAUUCUCAUUCUUAAAAGACAUUGUUCUUAAAUUCUAGAAUUUUAGGUUAGGACUGUUCUACUGUGAAUAAAGUUCUGGCUCUGUUAGCCCAGCCAUUGCUUCUCCCGGCUGAGGUCUAGAAUCCUAAGCAGUGUUCUUUUGUUGUGAACAUUGUGAACUGUGGACCUAGCAUUUCUUUAAAAAGUCAUCUCUUCAGCAAUCCAAGGCUUCCUUACUUCGUUAUUCUUCCUGGCUCCCCUCUGGUCUUCAGUCAAGACGUUUGACCUUUGCAGUGUCAGAGGCCUUUGCCUCUGACCAUGGCACGUGCUCUCUGCCUCUGGAAGUUAAACCUUGUCUGGAUUCCCCAUCUGGAUCCGUGUCUGGAUCUUGGGAUCCAAGGUGGGAUCUUCUAGACAGACGACCCCAACUUCAGCAGUGCUGGUGCUGCUGAGUGUGGACUGAGCAUCUACAAUUUGCAGAGGACACACUGCCCAAGGCUUGCUUUAGGUUCACUGGGGCCUGAUGCAGGAACUCUGGAAAACAAUAAAGAGCCAGCAUCCCAGCACCCUACACUGUCUGUCAUGCUGUGUCCUUUCAGGGUGGGGAAGUGAUAAACUACUUGCCUUCUAGAGCUCUUUGUGAAAAAUUAAAAAAAAUUAGCUCAGUGCUAUGAUUGUUCAUUGGUUCUUCCAACACCGAUGAGUUGCCAGGGCUGCUGGAAUUUCCAGAUCUGCACUGGACCAAGGAUGUUGGAGGCCAGAGGUAACCAUCACUGCUGCGUGAUCCCCAUGGCAAACGAGAGGGUGGUCGCUGACCCUCCUGUCCAGUGGGGGUUAUUGUAGACUGCUGGGUGGAGGUGGGUAAGCUGAGAAGGAUUCUAGGCUACAGAAAGACGGGAGUCCCCAGUGGAUGGGUGGU